GCAAUAAAAUUUGCAGCCACUUCAGAGGUAAGAUAAGGUUGUCUUUGUUCAUAGUAGCCUAUAUACAGUCAGGGGUUAAAGGGGAGGUGCGAGAAGUCCACUCAUAAACUCACCAGUGCUCUAGCAUUUGCAGCCUCGGUAGUUUCAGGUCAAGAGAAUUGUUAAUAGGGCACUUUUCCAGAGGAGGUGAAAGCGUAAAAUCUACUGCGUGAUUCAGUCUGAGGCCAUGAUCGUGAAUUAAUGAGAAUAAUCAGGAAUCUGACUGCUAAGCUUAUUUUAAUUCGUUCAGUUAUCAACAAUCACAAGAUAAUCAUGUCCAGAAGACUUCAUGCGCGCAGAACAGACGGUGUCGAUAAAAACGUUUGGGUUGAGUUCACUCAGCUCGCAGCAGACUACAAGGCAGUGAACCUGGGACAAGGAUUUCCUGACUUCUCUCCUCCUCAGUUUAUCCAGGAUGCUUUCUGUAAAGCUGUGAGUGGUGGACACCAAAUGCACCAGUACACCCGAGCUUUCGGCCAUCCUCCUCUUGUAAAAAGUCUGGCUAAAUUCUUCAGCAGGAUCGUGGGACAUGAAAUCGAUCCUUUUGAAGACAUCCUUGUGACAGUUGGAGCAUAUCAGGCGCUUUUCUGUGCAUUUCAGUCUAUGAUUGACGAAGGCGAUGAGGUGAUAAUAGUUGAACCAUUCUUUGACUGCUACCAGCCCAUGGUGAUAAUGACUGGAGGGAAGGCAGUGUAUGUACCUCUGAGACCGAGGGAGGGCAGCGACAUCCUGUCAAGUGCAGACUGGGUUCUUUCUGCAGAGGAGCUGGCCAGUAAAAUCACUCCACGCACAAAAGCCAUAGUUAUCAACACUCCCAACAACCCACUAGGCAAGGUUUACAAGACAGAGGAGCUCCAAAUGAUAGCUGAUCUGUGCAUCAAGCAUGAUUUGCUGUGCAUCAGUGACGAGGUGUACGAGUGGCUCACGUACGAUGGAGCCAAGCAUGUGAAGAUAGCCAGCCUUCCUGGCAUGUGGGAAAGAACCAUCACUAUCGGCAGCGCUGGAAAGACCUUUAGUGCUACUGGCUGGAAGGUUGGCUGGGCGAUCAGUUCUGGGCACAUUAUGAAACACAUGAAAAUCAUUCAUCAGAAUUCUGUUUUCGACUGUCCAACAGCUGCUCAGGAGGCAGUAGCUCAUGGAUUUGAGAGGGAGUACGAGCUGUUUGGUUCUUCAGAGAGCUACUUCCAACAGCUGCCUGCCAUGCUACACCACAAGAGGAAGAAGCUGGCUUCAUGUCUGCAGAGCGUCGGUUUGCAGCCCAUCAUGCCACAAGGAGGCUAUUUUAUGGUCACAGACAUCUCCUCCAUCAAGGUGGACCUCAGUGACCAGAGCUCCAAGGAUGAACCUCAUGACUUCAAAUUUGUUAAAUGGCUUGUUAAAGAGAAGGGUUUAGCAACAAUCCCCGUCUCUGCAUUUUACAGUCCAGAGCACAGCAGGGAGUUUGACAAAUACAUCCGAUUCUGCUUUGUCAAGGAGGACUCUACUCUGGAUGCAGCGGAGGAAAUUUUGAAAAAGUGGAGUCAAGGAAAGUAAAAUUACCCAAGAUGUGUGACGUUGUCCGUCCAUCCAGAUACCUCCAGGCUACGUCCCUAUAGAUGUGUACUUAAAGGCACAAACAAACACAGCGUCCGUCUCUACUGAGGAACAUUUUCUCAAUAAAAGACAAUUUCUUAUUGAUUUUUUAAAUUAAAUUGUGCACUUCUGCUUUAUGUCACAUUUUAACUGCAGAGAUAUUGAAUCAAUGUAAGCAAGAUGUUUAAUAAACCUUUAAAUAAAUAGCUAUAAAUUAUC